AUGAACAAAACUGUGUCCAAAGAGUUCGAAAUUAUAGUAAUAGGGGGAGGACAUGCCGGCAUUGAAGCCUCCUUAAUUACUGCUCGCUUAGGCCACAAAGCCGCCUUAAUUACUCUGGAUAAAAAUAAAAUUGGUGCUAUGAACUGUAAUCCCUCAGUGGGAGGAGUAGCCAAAGGAGUAGUGGUGCGAGAAAUUGAUGCACUGGGGGGAGAAAUGGGUAAGGCAGCUGAUGCUACUGCUCUUCAAUUUAAAUUACUAAAUACCUCUAAUGGUCCGGCAGUGCAAGCACUCCGAGUUCAAUCCGACAAAAUUGCUUAUUCUCGCUACAUGCAAAAGGCAGUAAGUGAACAAAGCAAUUUAAUAGUUAUUGAGGGGGCUGUUAAAAACCUGUUAAUUGCGGAAGGAAAAAUUAGUGGGGUGGAAUUAAAUAAUGGGAAAAUCCUUUCAUCCAAAAUGGUAAUUUUGACUACUGGUACUUAUUUACAACCCAUUACCUAUCAGGGUAAAGAAAGCAAAAUUGAAGGACCGGAUGGUGAAAAAAAGGUGGUUAAUAAUAUUUCCCAUCAGUUGAAAGGAUUAGGAUUUAAGUUAAAACGUUUUAAAACUGGCACUAGCCCCCGCAUUUUAACUAAUACGAUUGAUUUUUCUGGUUUGAAAGUGGAACCAGGAACUAAUUUGCCCUUGAAAUUUUCUUGUUGCAGCAAAAAGACUAAUUUGUUGUCCUUUGAGAAGCAAUUGCCUUGUUACCUACUUCACACUAAUGAAAAAACGCAUCAAAUUAUUCGAAAAAAUUCCCAUCUCUCACCAAUUUUUUAUAAGCCAGACAUCGGCACGGGGCCACGUUAUUGUCCGAGUAUUGAAGACAAGAUUUACCGGUUUGCCGACAAAGAAAGACACCAAAUAUUUUUAGAACCUGAGUCUCGCGAACUAGAUACAACCUACAUUCAAGGCUUAUCGACCUCCUUGCCGGCCGAAAUUCAAGCCGGAAUUUUGAAAACUUUGCCGGGAUUAGAAAAGGCAGUGGUGAAAAAAUGA